AUGGGCCUCCUCACUCUCAAGGAAGACCGGCCCACGCCGAAGGAGGUGUACAAUUGGCGCGUCUACGCCUGCGCCGCCACAGCAUCAUUUGCGGCAUGCACGAUCGGUUACGAUUCUGCUUUUAUCGGCACUACCCUUGCGCUGCCGUCAUUCGUCGAAGAGUUCGACUUUGAAAGCUACAGCCCUAAUAAGCUGGCGCUGCUGAAGCAGAACAUUGUCUCUGUGUACCAGGCUGGUGCCUUCUUCGGCAGCUUGUUCGCCUAUGGCAGCAGUUACUUUCUCGGUCGUCGGUACUCGCUCAUCCUCUUCUCCCUCAUCUUCAUGCUCGGUGCUGGCAUGAUGCUGGGUGCCAAUGCGGACCGUGGUCUUGGUCUGAUCAUUGGUGGACGAGUUUUGGCCGGUAUCGGAGUCGGUGGUUGUUCCAACAUGACUCCCAUCUACAUCUCUGAGUUGGCUCCUCCCGCUGUGCGAGGUCGUCUCGUCGGUCUCUACGAGCUUGGCUGGCAGGCUGGUGGCCUUGUUGGUUUCUGGAUCAACUAUGGAAUCAACAAGCACAUGCCCCUCUCUCCCGGUGUCAACGAGAAGGCUUGGAUCAUCCCCUUUGCUGUCCAGCUCAUCCCUGCCGGUCUCUUGCUCGUCGGUGCUGUCUUCAUUCCUGAGUCUCCUCGAUGGCUGUUCUCCAAGGGCCGUCGCGACAAGGCCAUCGAGAACCUCUGCUGGAUGCGAAACCUUAGCCAGGACAACAUCUACAUCGUCGAGGAGAUCAACUUUAUCGAUUCCGACCUUGAGCGAUACCACAACGAUGUUGGUGCUGGCUUCUGGAAGCCCUUUGCCGCUCUCAAGGAAAAGAAGGUUCAGUGGCGAUUCCUGCUUGGUGGUCUUCUCUUUGUCUUCCAGAACGGCUCCGGUAUCAACGCCAUCAACUACUACAGCCCGACCGUAUUCAAGAGCAUCGGCAUCACCGGUACAAACACUAGCUUCCUCACAACUGGUAUCUUUGGCGUCGUCAAGACUGUUCUUACCUUUGUCUGGCUGAUGGUUCUCAUCGAUCAUAUGGGUCGCCGAAACCUUCUCAUGAUCGGUGCCGCCGGUGGCGCAUUCUGCAUGUACUUUAUCGGCGCCUACAUCAAGAUCGCCAACACCGAGGCUAAGCUGGACGCCGGAGAGGACACUAGUCUCUCAUCUGGAGGUAUCGCCGCUGUCUUCUUCUUCUACCUCUACACGGCCUUCUACACUCCUUCGUGGAACGGUACUCCUUGGGUUCUCAACUCGGAGAUGUUUGACCAAAACACCCGAUCCCUCGGUCAGGCCAACGCCGCCGCCAACAACUGGUUCUGGAACUUUAUCAUUGCCCGAUUCACAGUACAGAUGUUCAACGCUUGGGGUUACGGCGUGUACCUGUUCUUUGCCUCCCUCAUGGUCAUCUCCAUCUUCUUUGUCUUCUUCUGCAUCCCCGAGACCAAGACCAUUCCUCUCGAGUCCAUGGACAGACUGUUUGAGAUCAAGCCCGUCUGGAGGGCCAACAAGAUUCUGCUCGAGGAGCUGCACGUCCAGGACGAGGAGUUCCGACAGAACGUUGACGGUGUGGAUUUGCACGAGGAGAAGGGCAGCACUGAGCAGGUUGAGACCAAGCUGCCUUGA